GAUUUUAAUGCUCUCCCUACUCUUCUGAUCAACAACAGCUCGACGAAACUUCACGCAAAUGGCGUCUUGUUCUCUUCCCUUGUUCCCAUGCCUUUCCUCGCUCAAAAUGAAGAUGAAGCCCAUGGCGGCUCUCACCAAUUCCUCUAAAACGAUAGUUCCAUACGAGCUGAAAAGGGGACAAAAACGUCUUUUCCACAAGCUUCCCUCUGGUCUAAAAAUGGAGGUAAUUGAACAGAGGAGAAGCAAAUCCGAAGGAGACAAUCCACCAUUGGUGUUUGUACAUGGAAGCUACCACGCAGCUUGGUCUUGGGCUGAACAUUGGUUACCUUUCUUCUCUUCUUCUGGGUUUGAUUCUUAUGCUGUUAGCUUAUUAGGUCAGGGUGAAAGUGAUGAACCUUUGGGAACAGUUGCUGGAACACUU